AUGGAUAACGCUGAACCCAGUACAUCUGACGGUCGAAAAGGACGAAAUAAGCGUAAAAGAGAUAAUGCAGGUGCGGGCUAUUGUGGGCUGACCCCGGAGGAAGUCCGAAAUCUUUCACAAUAUCUUAUGAGCUCCGAUGAGGAUGAGCCCGAAGAUCCCUUUGCUGACAGUGGAAGCGAGUUUAUUCCCAGCUCGGAAGGUGAAUCUUCAGAGGACGACUACUUGCAAGUGUCUGAAGGUGAAGACAACAAGCAUGAUUCAUCUCAAACGCCGGUCUUGGAACCUGAGACAGCAAUGGACGAGAGAAUGGAUAUUAUUAGAGAACGUACGAGGUUAGAAAUACAAUGGACGGACAAAGAGUUUAUUCCGCAAGUUUUUGCAUUUGAUAGUACUAAUAGCGGAUUAAGAAAUGUUAGUUUAAAUGAUCAAAGCAGUAAAGUAGAUUUCUUUUUGAGUCUUUUAUCUGAAAAUAUUAUGAACGUCAUUGCCAUCGAAACAAAUAGGUAUGCCAUUCAAAGAGAUGCACCUAAGUGGAAAAGCGUUGACAUUCCAGAACUUUACGUAUUUUUCGCUGUAACUCUGCUUAUGACACGUGUAAAGAAACUGAAUAUCAAAGAGUACUGGACCCAAGAUAUCUUACUCAGCACUCCAGUUUUUGGACAGACUAUGUCAAGAAACAGAUAUUGCGAGAUACAUCGCUAUCUUCAUUUCGCUAAUAAUGAGGAGGUAAAGCCUCACAAUCGAUUGGGGAAAUUUGGAAAUAUUUUGACCGUUCUAAAAGAGAAUUUCAAAUCCCAGUUUUAUCCUUUCGAACAUUUGGUUAUUGACGAAAGUAUGGUCCUUUUCAAAGGUCGCCUCAGUUUUCGUCAAUACAUCAAAACAAAAAGACAUAGGUUCGGAAUCAAACUGUAUGUCUUGUGUGAUUGUGAGACUGGCAUCGUCUUGGAUUUUAUAGUGUAG